AAGGUAUUCCACGAUUGCGUAAAGCAACAUACCCUGCAGCGUAUACUCGGUCGCAUGAGGCUGAUUGCCACCGUUGCCCUGCAACGCGCCGCCCAUUUCGUUUCCUCCGGGCCCGCCCAUGCCGUUGCCUACGUUCGACCCCAUACCCGGAACCACCUGCCAGCUCAUACGCGCGCAAGGGGGGACUGGUCCCCAACGGGCAGCUCAGCACUGCUGUCAAAUGUGGGAGGAGGUUGAUGUGAGGUGCAGGAAUCGUCUCGUCGGUAGUCGUCAAACUGUCGGGAUGGGUUCUUUCUCUCGGGUCGUCCCGCUAGGUGCAGCAGUCUGCGCGCCUUUGUGUCGUCUCGAGGUGAUGACGGUGCGUCGUCGUUACAUCAGACGAGAAAAGGCCAAAGGUAUCAGCGGCGACUCGUCGAGGAGCUGGCGCAGCGGUCUUUGCCGUCGUGGUCGUCGUGUCGUGUCGUCGUGAGGUGUGGAAAAGGUGGUCGUUAAUCCAAAUCCAGGUCCAAAGCCCCUAAAGCGGUGGUCGGAGCUGUGCUUGUGCUGUUGGCGUUGGCGUUGGCACCCCUGGUCAAUUCA